UGUCAGUCAUGGCUCCUGCUGCAGACAAAAAACUGACAGGUCUGGUUGCAGCCACAUUUACUCCAUUCACCACCCAAGGUGAACUCAACCUAUCAGAGAUCGGAUGUUAUAUUGACUACUUGAAAGAGAAGCAAGGUGUAAAUAACAUAUUUGUGAAUGGCACCACCGGAGAAGGUAUGUCUCUCAGUGUUGCAGAGAGGAAGAUGCUGGCAGAGGAGUGGUGUAAGAAAGCCAAGGGAAAAAUGGAUCAGGUGAUUGUGCAUGUCGGCUGCACGAGUCUUAAAGAUUCCCAAGAACUGGCCCGCCAUGCAGCGCAGAUCGGGGCUGAGGGGAUAGCAGUCAUCGCCCCCUCCUUCUUCAAACCCAAUUCUGCAGAUGUGUUGAAGAAGUUCCUCCAGGAAGUGAGUUCAUCUGCACCGACUCUGCCUUUCUAUUAUUAUCAUAUCCCUGCUGUCACUGGUGUUAAUGUGCUCGCAAGAGAUGUGUUGGAAGAUAUUGAGACGCUUAUCCCUUCCUUCAGAGGUGUGAAGUUCUCCUCCUGUGACCUGAUGGACUUUGGCCAGUGCAUCAGCUACAGUCCUCCCCACUGGUCUGUCCUUUAUGGCGUGGAUGAGCAACUUCUAGCAUCUCUGGCUUUUGGAGCCAAAGGAGCAGUUGGCAGCACCUAUAACUAUGUAGGAAGUCAUGUCAACAAGCUCAUAACAGCAUUUGAGAAAGGAGAUCUUGUCCAAGCCAGGAACAUACAGUUCAAGAUACAAGAACUUAUCAGUUACGCCCAAAAACUUGGCUUUGAUGUUGGAGUGAAUAAGCAGCUGAUGAGUGAGGUGUCAGGCCUGAGACUGGGUCCCCCUCGACUCCCUCUGAUGCUGCGUCCUCCAGCUCACGCUGUGUCCAUUGCAAAGAAAUAUCACAGCCUUUUUCCUGAACCCUGAUUAUGUUCAUACUCUACUGUUGAACUUAAAAUCAAUCAUUCGCUAUACAUUUAUUGCUCACUUGAUUCCUGUUAUUAGUGCCUCAGAUGCACAAUGACAGCAAGGGCCGUGUGAUGGGUCCAGUUACUAAACCAGCAAUCAGCCUGCAUCAGACACUUGCACUUUGCAACAAAGCUCACCUUUAAACAAACUGAGAAUGAAAGGCAUCUCCAUUUUUCUGACUAACUUCUGGUUUUGAGGUGAUUACGUAAAGCUACAAAAUCAAUCUGAAAUCAUUCCUUAAUUAUGCUGUAAUUUUUACAUUUUUAUCUCUUAAAUCUUAAUGCGUAUAUACUACUGUGGCAAUGAAACUCAACUUAAUUCAAGUGGCACUACACACUACCACAGGUACAGUAAGUUCUCUUGACUGAAUACACUUAGUAUUUUUUGGGCAUUCUCUAUCUCUUUUAAGGUAGUAUUUUCUUUGCUGAGGAAUAUUCUAAUAUUUUAACAUUUAUUUUAAUCUCAAAGUUUCUAUCAUUUUAUUGCAAACAGUAACUAACAUCCAUUGAGUAACAAAUGAUGGAACUUUGGUUUUAUCACUACAUUUAGGAAACAGAAGCUGUAUCACAAUGUAACAGUAUUAUCUCUAUAUUAUCUUGUACUGUGUAAGACCAUAAAUGAAUCUCACUUCUGGAGGGGGUAUGUGGGCACUCUAAGCCUUAUUUUUGUAAGUCACAUGGCAUGAGGAAAAAAUUGACAAUAACCACAGCGGAGUAAAGUGCUUUAAUAAAUUGGAAGGAACAGUCAUAUUUCACUACUCCAUCCUUUUUGUGGUUCACAUUUGUAGAGUGUUUUGCCUCUGUCUGUAAAUGCUACCAGUCAAACAGAAGGUUUUUGAAGAAUGUUUGUUUUUUAUCCUUGAAAAUCUGUGUUACUGAAAAUCUGUGUCCUUAGGCUGACCCCACCAGAGAGAUCAGGUUGAAAAUGGAGACAGAAGGGUAUUGAUAUGAACUGUCUCACACUCCAAAAAGGGACUAAAAUUGAAUGUCCAAGUAACUAGAAGGGACCUUAAAAUACUUGAAACUUAAAUUGUCCUUGUUUCUUUUUGAGUUAUAAUGAUGAAAUGUUUAUUAUAUGUAUACUUUAUAAGGGCAUUAAAUGUCAAAUUAAGAAUCUUUGCUUUGUAUUAUGACUUGCCAAUGUUAUAAAUUGCCAAUUUCUUACUAAUAAAUAUGCUUAUCUAUU